AUGACCGACUUGCAUUCAUUGCCCGAGGGUACCUGGCCCGAACAUGCCAUCCGCAACAAUGGACCAGACAACCUCGUUUUGGAGCGUGCGAAACUCCGCGAACUAGCCGAAGGCUGGCCUUGCUACCGUGAUGCAUGCGAAUGGGAGAACUUCGAAUCAAUCUUUCACCCAGGUGCCUAUGUCUACACCACAUGGUCCGGCAGAGUCACAUAUAAGGAAUUUAUGGAAGCGUCGAAGGGUGGCAUGGAUAAAGGUGCAUUUAUCAUGCACCGAUGCCACGGCGUGACGACAGACAUCACCCCAGACGCGACUCGCGCCGUUACAAAGAUGAAAGCGACCAUCACGCAGCGAUUCACGAUCGACGGCGUCGAAGUCGAUGCGGAGGCUGACUGUCGUUUCUGUUUCUUUUUUGAGAAGAUUGAUGGUCGCUGGGGUGCGCGGUUUGUACGGCAUUGGUAUGAGAAGGAUAAGCUGUUGCCUGUCAUUCCGAAUCAAUUCCCUCAUAUUGAUCUGGAGAGGCUUAAUUCUUAUCCUGCGGGGUAUAAGUGCUUGGCGUAUUGCCAGGAGCUUACUAUGGGUGUUACUGUGUUGAAGGAUAUGCCGGGGCAUAGGAGGCAUACUGGUACUGCUUGUGGAGAGAAGCAUGAUUUGUUGUAUCGGUUUGCUAAAGAUUGGUUGGAUGGCAACGAAAUUGAAGUUUAG